AUGCACAAGAAGUUAAAAGAUUUACAUGAAAUAUUAAAUAAUAAUUAUGAUAAAGUUUCAGAUACAAUAGCUGUAUUAAAGAAAAAGGUAUCACAAAACGAAGGAGAGUUAGAUACUUUAAAAACAAACAUACAAGAAAUAAAAGGAACGUUAAAAGAAGUACAAGGUAAAGAAAGAUUAACAGAAAAUGAAAUUUAUAAUUUAACAAAGAAAAUUACACAAGAAAAAGAUAAUCUAUCAAAAAUUAAAGAUCAGUCAACUUUAAUAAAUAAACAAAUAAAAGAAAAUGAAAGGAAGAGGGAUGAUUUGAUGCAAGAAUUAACGAUACACGAGGCUAAAAUAGAAGAUUAUGAAAAGAUAAGAAAAUACAUAGGAAAUGAUAAAUGUUCAGUUCAACAGAAGAUGAGGGAAAUUCAUAAAAAGAUGGUUGAUAAUGAGAGAGCUAAAAGUAAAUUAAAAAUACAAAAGAUAGGAAUUAGUGGUGAUGGGCAUAUUCCACUUUAUGCGCAGUACUAA